CCUCUCUUCCUCCUCAACCUCUUCAUUUUUUGGCUCUGAGACGUAAAGCUUCGGAAAGUAGAGCAGAAAUGGGAAAAAUGCCGAUCUGGGGUCUAGUUGGGGUAAUAUUUGCAGUUAACUGCGUAAAUGCAAAGAUUUACUUUCGAGAGGAGUUUCUGGACGGUGAUGGAUGGAAAAGCCGCUGGGAAAACUCAAAACACAAAUCUGACUAUGGAGAGUGGAAGCUAACAGCUGGCAACUUCUAUGGAGAUGCUGAGAAAGACAAAGGUCUGCAGACAAGCCAAGAUGCUCGUUUCUAUGCUACAUCUGCCCAUUUUGAGCCUUUCAGUAAUGAGGGAAAGCCUUUGGUCAUUCAGUUUACAGUGAAGCAUGAGCAGAAGAUUGACUGUGGUGGUGGCUACGUGAAGGUCUUCCCUGCUGACCUAGAACAGACUGACAUGCAUGGAGAAUCCACAUACUACAUUAUGUUUGGACCUGACAUUUGUGGCUACAGCACCAAAAAAGUCCAUGUCAUCUUCAAUUACAAGGGCAAGAAUCACCUCAUCAAGAAAGAUAUUAAGUGCAAGGACGAUGAACUGACUCACCUGUACACGCUGAUCCUGAAUCCAGAUCAGACCUAUGAGGUGAAAAUUGACAAUGAAAAGGUAGAAUCUGGCAGUCUUGAGGAUGACUGGGACUUCCUCCCUCCAAAGAAAAUUAAGGACCCUGAAGCCAAGAAGCCAGAGGACUGGGAUGACCGGCCCAAGAUUGAUGACGCUGAUGACACAAAGCCUGAGGACUGGGACAAACCUGAAAAUAUCCCAGAUCCUGAUGCUAAAAAGCCUGAAGACUGGGAAGAAGAUAUGGAUGGAGAGUGGGAGCCACCCGUGAUCCCCAACCCAGAAUACAAAGGAGAAUGGAAACCCAAACAGAUUGACAACCCCAACUACAAAGGCGCCUGGGUGCAUCCUCAAAUUGACAAUCCGGAGUACAGUGCUGAUUCCAACAUAUACAAGUUUGACAAUAUUGGUGUUAUUGGUCUUGAUCUUUGGCAGGUGAAAUCUGGUACCAUCUUUGACAACUUCCUGAUCUCAGAUGAUGUGAAAGAAGCUGAGGACGUUGGAAAGGAGACAUGGGGCGUGACCAAGGAACCAGAGAAAAAAAUGAAACAAGAGCAGGAUGAUUUGAAACGAAAAGAGGAGGAAGAGAAGAGCAAAGACCAAGACACUGAGGCUGAUGAUGGCCUGGAGGAUGAGGAGGAAGAAGAGGAAGACGAGGGGGAGGACGAAGAAACAAAGGAUGAAGAACUUUCAGAAAAUGAUGACGAGGAAUCAACGCCUAAAGAUGAGCUUUGAGGAGGUUGUUUUUCUACCCCUUCCACAGAAACUGUCUUGUCAAUCCCAGGGGUAUAGUGGCUGCUGUGCAUCCUUUCCCUGAGAUAUGGACACAACCCAAGUCAGGGAUCUAAUGUAGAAAACGGGGGGCAAGUGGGUGUUAAUGGACUUGGUGUCUUUUUCAUGUUUGUCAUGUUACCCUUGAACUGCUGGAUUGAUUCUGUGGUUUUCCACCAUCAAAACCCAUUCCUCAUUUUGAAAUAAUACAAUCAGUUGGCACUGUCAUCCACUGUUUUCUUGAUUUUCUUGUCUAAACAUCUUCCUUCUUUUGCAGAUGUCUUUUGGUGGGUUGUUGUCCAGUGUAUUUUGAAGAUUCACCCAAAGCUGAUUUUAAUUUAAUUGUUCAAAGUACAGAAAAAGAGAACGGAGACAUGAAUUGAAACUGAGUUUGUAAGUUAUUUUGGUUCAUUGUGAGGCACUGAUUUUGUUUUCAUUUCCACUCUCUUGAAGGCACAGUUGAAUGAAAUGUUAAAACAUGAUUGAAUCUUAAUCCAGUUGAAAAUUAUUUUUAGUUGUCACUGAAAUGGGAUGAAGUCAUUAUGUCUUCAUAUGUUAAUAUCAUGGGAUCUGCAAUAUGUGCUGAAAGUCUGGAAAAAUGGAUGAUAAGCCCCUGGUGUGACUUGUGCAAGAGUUACACUCAUUUUUACUGGACAGAAUGUUAUUGAAGCCAAAGUUUUUAUUAAAAGAUUAUUACCUUA